AUGGAUAAUCAAAGGAGUGAAGAAAGCAGCAGCAUUCAAGCUCCAUGGAUUCCUCAGACACCUAUGAAGCCAAUUGCUCCGAUCUACUCAAAUUCGACGGAGGAACAACAAUCUAAUCGGAAUCAGAAUCAGACAAAACAAGGGAUGAGAUUGGAGAUGAAUGGUCUUGACCACUUGUCUUUUGGAGAUUUGCUGGCUCUAGCCAACACUGCAUCAGACUAUUUCUCUGGUCAGACCCCUUGGGCUAAUCGUAAGGCCUCACUCAGAAAUGAAGAGCCGACAAAGAUGUUACAAAAGGGUAAUGAAACAGUGGAGAGUUUCAGCUCAGUGAGUAACAAUGUAGCUGAACAGAUCAAGACACCCGAAAAGCCGAAGAGGAGAAAGCAUAGGCCAAAGGUUGUUAAAGAAGCUAAACCGAAGCAAACUCCUAGGAAACCUGCUGCUGAUGGUCAGGAAAUCAAAACGCCGAGGAGGAAAUACGUGCGGAAGAAAGUGGAAGUUAGUAAGGAUCAAGAAUCUACGCCGGUUGAAGCUGCGGUUGAACCAGCAGCUAUAGCCAAGAAGAUAUGUAGACGAGCUUUGGAUUUCGUAGACGAGAGUUUCAAACCGGAAAAAGGAGAAAAUCAGUCGAACAGCAGCGAUACUAAACACGCAGGCGAGACGGAACCAGCUCCUAGAGAAAAGCAGUCAGAUUCCAGAGAUCAAGAAUCAAAAGAUUGUCCUAUACCAGCGCCUACCACGCCAAAGAGAAAGCGCGGCCAAAGUAAAAGAAAGGGAAAAGAACCGAAGAACAACAAUGGCGGUAAUCAAGAAGGUGUUGAUCUUUUGAUGCCACAACCUGCAAAGAGAAGGCAAGGAAAAGAACCAACCUGCGAGAUAAAUCUAUCAGAGAUUCAGUACAAUGAUCCUUGUGACUACCAGAAUAUGCGUUGGUUGUAUUGCACAAACUUGCAGCAACAGGAAGGGAUGGGAGCUGACACCAUUUGUAGCACAUCGUUCGCUGGACAACGACACGAUGCACAAGAGGACGUUUCCGCCUUUCGCUCUGAGUGCUACAGUUUAACUUCUCAGUCCAGUGCUAAUAGAUUCAUAUCCGUGGAAGAGAAGUGUAAAGGUACCUUUCAAGGAGGGCAGAGUUUUGAGUCAACAUCAAUAAAGAAGAGAACUACAGGCCAUGCUCGAUACCGGAAUUUGUCUUCUAUAAAUAAAGUUAUGGAGGUAUCCGAGCAGUUACACGCCGGAUGUUAUAGCAGACCACAGAAUAAUACUAACGUUCUUGUUGAUACGCGAGUGACCUUGAGCAAAACGAAGCGAACUACGAAGUCUCAGAAAUCACAAACCAACCAGAAAACUGUUCUUCCGAAUCUUCGCCAGUAUCCUGCGACGUUUCCUGGUUUCUCUCCAGAUGAAAUUUGGAAAAAAAUUCACUCCGUUGAAGCAAUCAGCGAGCAAUUGCGUGUAUUAGACAUCAACAGGGAGUAUUCAGAAGCAGCUCUUGUUCCUUACACUAUGAAAAGCCAAGGAAACGAGAUUAUACUCUUCAGAGGUGGCGCUGGAGCGAUUGUGCCUUUGGUUCCUGUUAAAAAACGCCGUGCAAGACCAAGGGUCGACCUCNACAAUGAGACAGAUAGAGUGUGGAGACUUCUUAUGGAGAAUAUUAAUAGUGAUGGUAUCGACGGAUCAGACGAGCAGAAGGCGAAAUGGUGGGAGGAAGAACGAAAUGUGUUUCGAGGACGAGCAGAGUCAUUUAUAGCAAGAAUGCAUCUUGUACAAGGGGAUCGACGUUUUACACCUUGGAAAGGAUCUGUAGUUGAUUCUGUUGUUGGAGUGUUUCUCACUCAAAAUGUUUCUGACCAUCUAUCAAGUUCUGCAUUUAUGUCACUUGCUUCAGAGUAUCCUGCCCCUUCAGUACCCACCAGAAACUGUGACGUAGGAACAAGCUCGAUGCCUUCUAUACAAAUAACUUACUUGGACUCCGAGGAAUCAAUGUCAAACCUGCCCGUUCAUAAUCUGAGUUCUGUUAAUUUAAACAACACACAGCCUGAUGAGGAGAAAGAUUCUGUAAACAGAGAUGAAACCUCUAGAAGCAGUAGUGAGAUUGCCAGCCCAGUCCAUGAAUCAGUUGUCAAAACCACUGAUUCAAAGGCGAACGUGGACUCGGAUCGAAAAGACUCAAGUGUAGAAGUCGAUAAGACAGAUCAGACAUACCUUGUCCAAGGCCUGUUUCCAUCUGAAGAAUCUGUACUUACAUGUCAAAAUUCUCUGGUUUCUGAUGCUCCUCAGAAUACAGAAAGAUCUGGAUCAAGCUCAGAGAUCAACUCAAAAGGAGAGCAUUACACUUCCUUUGUGAAGCUUCUACAAGAUUUAGGGUCUGCUCGGUUACCAGGCCAAGGAAGAGACGUUACCAAAGCUAAUACUGUCUCACUAGAAGAAUCCAAUCAGAAGAAUCAGUAUGAAAACUCAAGGCAAGGAGUUGGGGUUUCAAGCAAUCCUGGAAGCUUACAAGUAUCACCAAAUACGUCUCCCGGUGAUUGUAGCUCAGAGGUUAAGGAAUUCAAAUCAUUGAAAAGGGCCACAAAAUCUUCUGAUGGUAGUAAUGAACCAUAUUGUUUCUAUCAGCAAGAUGGAGAUGUCUUGAGUUGUCAGAAACCUGAAAGCUCUAGCAAUGUUCUUUCGACAAAACACAAACAAGACCUCCUGACAGAGACUUCGAUUCCAGAUAUUAACGAAAGCACGAGUUGUCUUGAUGUCCAAGAAGGCACAGAAGUACCAUCAGGUCCUAGCUCAAGGCAGCAUCAAGACUCAUCAUUCAAAGAGCUCAAUCCUAUGGAUGAUGCUGCCUUAAAUGCAAAAGGAAAGAAGGUUUUAAAAGAGAAAAAAGAGGAGUUUGAUUGGGAUAGUUUAAGAAGAGAAGCACAAGGUAGAGAAGGAAUAAGAGAAAAAACAGCAAGGACAAUGGAUACUGUGGACUGGGAAGCAAUAAGAACGGCCGACGUUAGCGAAGUCGCUGAAACAAUCAAGAGUCGUGGGAUGAACCAUAAACUUGCAGAACGUAUACAGGGCUUUCUUAAUAGACUGGUCACAGAACAUGGAAGUAUCGAUCUUGAAUGGUUGAGAGACGUUCCACCCGACAAAGCAAAAGAGUAUCUUCUGAGCUUUAGAGGAUUGGGUCUAAAAAGCGUGGAGUGUGUGCGGCUUCUAACGCUGCACCAUCUUGCAUUUCCAGUUGAUACGAAUGUUGGGCGCAUAGCUGUUAGACUAGGCUGGGUACCACUUCAGCCGCUCCCGGAGUCACUUCAGUUGCAUCUUCUCGAAAUGUAUCCUAUUCUUGAAUCUAUUCAAAAGUAUCUUUGGCCACGUCUCUGCAAACUCGACCAAAAAACAUUGUAUGAGUUGCACUACCAGAUGAUUACCUUUGGAAAGGUAUUUUGCACAAAGAGCAAACCUAAUUGCAAUGCAUGUCCAAUGAGAGGAGAAUGCAGACAUUUUGCCAGUGCGUUUGCAAGUGCAAGGCUUGCCUUACCCGGUACAGAGAAAGAAACUGGGACACCUGAUAAAAGCCCUUUGCCUCUACAUCUCCCAGAGCCAUUGCAGAGAGAGCAAGGGUCAGAAGUAGUGAAGCACUCAGAGCCAGCAAGCAGAGUCACAUGCUGUGAACCAAUCAUCGAAGAGCCAGCAUCGCCGGAGCCAGAAUGCACACAAGUAUCAAUAGCUGACAUAGAGGAUGCAUUUUAUGAGGAGGAUCCUGAAGAAAUUCCGACAAUCAGGCUAAAUGUGGAUGCAUUGACCAUUAACUUGAAGAAAAUAAUGGAACACAGUAUGGAAUUACAAGACGGAAACAUGUCCACCGCUCUAGUUGCACUUACCGCUGAAGCUGCAUCUCUUCCAAUGCCUAAGCUCAAGAACAUCAGCCAGCUAAGGACAGAACACCAAGUUUAUGAACUUCCAGACGCCCAUCCACUUCUAGCUAAGUUGGAGAAAAGAGAGACCGACGACCCANGUUCUUAUUUGCUUGCAAUUUGGACUCCAGGUGAGACAGCUGAUUCGAUUCAACCAACUGUAAGUAAAUGCAUUUACCAAGCAAUUGGUAAACUUUGUGGAGAGGAGACUUGUUUCUCAUGCAACAGCAUUAGGGAAGCAAGAUCACAAACUGUGAGAGGAACCAUCUUGAUACCUUGUAGAACAGCAAUGAGGGGUAGCUUCCCACUCAAUGGAACAUACUUCCAAGUUAAUGAGGUGUUUGCGGAUCAUGCUUCUAGUCUAAGUCCAAUCGAUAUACCAAGAGAAUGGUUAUGGAACUUACCUAGAAGAACUGUAUACUUUGGAACAUCUAUACCUUCAAUAUUUAAAGGUUUACCGACUGAAACUAUUCAACAAUGCUUCUGGAGAGGGUAUGUAUGUGUAAGGGGAUUCGAUCGGAAGUCAAGAGGACCGAGGCCUCUGAUUGCGAGAUUGCAUUUCCCAGCCAGCAAAAUGAAGUCACAGGCGAAUCCGCCCAAUCCGAGAGCUGCUUAG